GUCGUUAAAAACAACUACAAAUGUUUUGGUUGUUCUUUUAUAUCUUGUCUUUUUUUCCAUUUUCAAAGGGUGUGGCUCGGUUUUAUAAGGCUAAGAAAAACCACAUUAUUACCACGCAGACCGAACACAAGUGUGUGCUGGACUCCUGCCGAAUUAUGGAGGCAGAGGGUUUUGAUGUAACAUACUUACCUGUGAAAAAUAAUGGACUGAUUGAUUUGAAGCAAUUAGAGGAAACAAUCCGUCCUGAUACCAGUUUGGUGUCCAUAAUGACUAUCAACAAUGAGAUUGGUGUCAAACAACCAAUCAAAGAAAUAGGUCAUCUGUGUAGGUCCAAAAAUGUGUUCUUCCACACUGAUGCUGCUCAGGCUGUUGGAAAGAUCCCCAUUAAUGUCAGUGAAUGGAAAGUGGAUCUGAUGUCCAUCAGCGGCCAUAAGAUCUACGGGCCCAAAGGAGUUGGGGCUUUGUACGUGAGGAGGAGACCCAGAGUUCGUAUUGAGCCUUUGCAGAACGGAGGGGGUCAGGAAAGGGGUCUACGUUCAGGGACCGUGCCCACACCUCUCGCCGUAGGCCUCGGAGCCGCUUGUGAGAUCGCCCAGCAAGAGUUAGAGUACGAUCACAAGCGUGUGACAGUGCUUGCAAAUCGCCUCGUGCAGAAGAUCAUGUCGCAGAUUCCUGAUGUUGUGAUGAAUGGAGACCCAGAUCAGAGGUACCCAGGAUGCAUUAAUUUAUCAUUUGCCUAUGUUGAGGGGGAGAGUAUGUUGAUGGCGUUAAAAGAUGUUGCGCUUUCAUCUGGAAGGUCAGUAGUUUCAAAUGUCUGACCGGGGUUUAUAAAU